GGCGGCGGCGGGUCCCCCCCCCUCCAUGGCAGCGGCGGGGCCCGCGGCGGCCGCGGCUCCCGCUCGGCUCCAAGCGGCGGUGGCGGCGGGGGGACGCCGCGGGCCCCCCCCUCGGAGGCAGCCGGCGAUCGCCAUGGCAGCGCCUCGCAGGUGAGACCCCGAAAUCCCCGCGGGCUCGGCCGCCAUGGCGUCGCCGGCCGCCAGCCCCGACUCGUCCUCGCACGAAGCCCUCUCCUCCGUCAACUCGGCCCCCGCCUGUUCGCCCACCUCCGACUCGGAGAACCUCAGCCCCGACGAGCUGGAGCUGCUGGCGAAGCUGGAGGAGCAGAACCGGCUACUGGAGGCCGACUCCAAGUCGAUGCGCUCCAUGAAUGGCUCGCGAAGGAACAGCGGCUCCUCCUUGGUCUCCAGCUCCUCGGCCUCCUCCAACCUCAGCCACCUCGAGGAGGACACCUGGAUCCUCUGGGGCCGCAUCGUCAACGAGUGGGACGAGUGGCGGAAGAAGAAGGAGAAGCUGCUGAAGGAGCUCAUCCGCAAAGGGAUCCCCCACCACUUCCGCGCCAUCGUCUGGCAGCUGCUCUGCAGUGCCACCGACAUGCCCGUCAAAAACCAAUACUCGGAGCUGCUCAAGAUGUCCUCUCCCUGCGAGAAGCUCAUCCGACGGGACAUCGCCCGCACCUACCCGGAGCACGAGUUCUUCAAGGGGCAGGACAGCCUGGGCCAGGAGGUGCUCUUCAACGUCAUGAAGGCCUAUUCACUGGUGGACCGAGAGGUCGGCUACUGCCAGGGUAGCGCCUUCAUCGUGGGACUUCUGCUCAUGCAGAUGCCCGAGGAAGAGGCCUUCUGCGUGUUCGUGAGGCUGAUGCAGGAGUACCGCCUGCGGGAGCUCUUCAAACCCAGCAUGGCUGAGCUGGGGCUCUGCAUCUACCAGUUUGAGUACAUGCUGCAGGAGCAGCUGCCGGAGCUGAACAUCCACUUCCGCUCGCAGAGCUUCCUCACCUCCAUGUACGCCUCGUCCUGGUUCCUCACCCUCUUCCUCACCACCUUCCCCCUCCCCGUGGCCACGCGCGUCUUCGACAUCUUCAUGUACGAGGGGUUGGAGAUCGUCUUCCGCGUGGGGAUGGCACUGCUGCAGUUCAACCAGGCUGAGCUCGUCCAGCUCGACAUGGAGGGCAUGUCCCAGUACUUCCAGAAGGUGAUCCCACACCAGUUCGACAGUUGCCCCGACAAGCUCAUCCUCAGGGCCUUCCAGGUCAAGUACAACCCCAAGAAGAUGAAGAGGCUGGAGAAGGAGUAUGCUGCCAUCAAGAACAAAGAGAUGGAGGAGCAGAUCGAGAUCAAGCGCCUCCGCACUGAGAACCGCCUGCUGAAACAGCGGAUUGAAACCCUGGAGAAGGAGAGCGCGGCUCUCGCCGACAGGCUCAUCCAGGGCCAGGUGACACGGGCGCAGGAGGCCGAGGAGAACUACAUCAUCAAGCGGGAGCUGGCGGUGGUGAAGCAACGCUGCAGCUCGGCCACCGAGAACCUGCAGCGUGCCCAGAGCACCAUCCGGCAGCUGCAGGACCAGCAGGGGAACCCACGCUUCAGCGAGGAGUUUGUCACCCACCUGGAGACGGAGCUGGAGCAGUCGCGGCUGCGGGAGAGCGAGACGCUCGGCGCCCUCAAGGAGAUGCAGGAUAAAGUCCUUGACAUGGAGAAGAGGAACAGCCUGCUGCCGGACGAGGACAACGUGGUGCGGCUGCAGGAGGAGCUGCAGGCGCUGGCGCUGCGCGAGGCUGAGGCCGUCAAGUCGCUGACGGAGCUGCAGCAGCAGGUCAAGGACCUCAGUGACAGCUGGCAGGCGGGCCGGGCGGGCGGGCGCUGGAAGGAGUCCCCGCGGCGGAGCAACGCCAACGCCCUGCAAGAGGCCGUGGUGGCGGCGCGGCUGCGGGAGGCCCAGGCCCAGGCCGAGCUGCGGGCGCUGCGCCAGCGGGUGCUGCAGCUGGAGACGCAGGGCCAGAUCCAGCGCACGGUGCUGGGCCGGGCGGAGCAGACCUGCGCGGGGCUGCGGGAGCAGCUGCGGCUGGCGGCGGCGCAGAGCAAGGGGCUGCAGGCGCAGCUCAGCGAGAGCCACCGCAAACACGCCGAGGCCCAGUGCAAGAGCAAGGAGGAGGUGAUGGCGGUGCGGCUGCGCGAGGCCGACAGCAUGGCAGCCCUGGCCGAGAUGCGACAGCGCGUCGCCGAGCUGGAGAUCCAGAGGGAGGAGGGCAGGAUCCAGGGGCAGCUCAACCACUCGGACGCCGCCCAGUACAUCCGCCAGCUCAAGGACCACAUCGACGAGCUCAAGGCCGAGGUAAGGCACCCACGGGUGCCGGGGCACCCACGGCCUGCCCUCACGGGUGCCAGGGCACCCGAGUCCUGCCCCCACGGGUGCUGGGGCACCCACGGCCUGCCCCCAUGGGUGCCAGGGCACCCAAGUCCUGCCCCCACGGGUGCUGGGGCACCCACGGCCUGCCCCCAUGGGUGCCAGGGCACCCAAGUCCUGCCCCCACGGGUGCUGGGGCACCCACGGCCUGCCCCCAUGGGGGGCUCUGGGGGGUGA